UUCAAUAGCAUUCAGAAAGAAGAAGUGGACAGGACAGUGAUAUUACAGCAGAGGAGAGGAGGACAACAAAAGAGAAAGGAAAGCCACAUCUCGUUCCCUGAAAAAACACUUCUUCACCAUGACUGUUCCCACGGCAAAGAAGAUACUGAUGGUGCCUAUGGUGGCCGUGGCGUUUUUGGCUUCAUGCUUUGGGAUGAGCAACGAAGUGGAUUAUGGGAAUUGGAACUACAGGGAAGGAGCGGAGAACGUGAACGUGGCUAACAUACGCAGCGUGACUCGAGUGUUGGACGCCUGGGGCAAACGCAUAUUCAAAGAUAUCAAGACCCUCUUACACUCACAACCCAAUGCCCUUCUGCCAGACUACUCCAGGGUUCGUCCUCUCUCGGAGUCCCUAAAUGAUCUCUUCAGAGAAGUCUCCCACUUACAGAGGCGCAUCACAGAUCUUAACAAUCGCCUAGCAACCCUGGAACCCUUCCUCCGUCAUCAUGGUUACCGAGAGGAGGGUGAGGAGGGAGGGGACGGCAAGGAACUGGCUCCUCAGAGUGUGAAAGGAAUGGGACAGAGUCAAACAAAGUAUUCACGACGGUACAUGGUUCGAGUAGUCCGUCCUAUGAACCGGGUGGUGAGAACCAGACGAGUGAAAGUGUUCAAAAAUGAAAACGGAAGGGUCAAAGCGAGCGAAAGUGAGAGGUAGAGGGAGGUAAAAGAUUAUAAUCAAACAUUAAUGUUAUUCAGGAAAUAUCCUUUAUAUUGGGAAUAGAACAAUUCACAUAUUAGACAUGUUAGUAUACAAGCGUGCAUCCAUCAUCUUUUGUCUGUACUCCUUCAUGUUCAGCUCUCGAAGGUGAGAUUAAAGUUCCUUGGCAAAAAAACAAAUGUUGGGAAUGUGGAUUGUGGAAAACUUUCCCAGUAGGAUAAUGAAAAAACAAAAAGAAACAUUGAGAGUAAAAACAGACACGCUUUUUCCAAACAAAGCUAUAGCUAUACAAUCAGCUAUUAUUUUCUGUGGGGAAUCUUUAUGGAAGCUUUGGUAUUUUGUGUGACAGGAAUAAAAUCAGGUGAAUAAAUGUUCAUACUUUAAAAUAUAAUUCUGUCUGGUUUUUUUUUUUCAUGAUUGAUUACUCGUGUUUAACUGUACUCAAAUAUUAAAGGGGACCUAAUAUGCAAAAUUCACUUUUAUAUUGUUUUUGAACAUA